AUGGAGUCUCAACCCCGUCGACGCCGAAGGCCAGCUCGGUCUUGCAUUGAGUGUCGCCGUCGUAAAAUCCGAUGUGACCGAAAUGACCCUUGCACGCGUUGUGUCUCCGCCCACACACAAUGUACCUAUAGGCUUUACAGUGAUCAACCCAAGUCCCCCCUGCAGCCUCGAGAAGGCACCUCAAGACACUCAGCCCUGUGUAAUCCUUUACCUUUACCAUCGUCACCUAUUCAUCCCUCCAGAGAUGAUCCCCCGUCAUCUACAGAUCAUAGCCAGCCAUUGGAGCCCCGCACCACUGAGACACCAACGCCAGCAGAAACACCACAUUAUGGUUCGCUUUUCCCUGGUCAAAUUGAUAAUAAACAGCCAGGGCGAGCAACAAAUGCAGAAUCAGCUAUUACAGAUCUUUUACGAAGGGUCCAGAGGCUGGAACAGUCUUCGGCACAAACACAUCUGCAUGACCUAUCCGAGACGGGUCGGGGAAUAUUUGGCCCUCGGUCCCAGCCAGAAGAUCUUCCGUGGAUCUUCACAAAAAGUAGAGUUAUGCGAUGGAGUUUGUGGAUGGGCACAGCUAAAGAGUUUGAGCCAUUUGUUGCAUUCUAUGCCGAGGCUAUUGGAAAGGGUAAUGGAGAAACAUUCAAAGGCGCUGAAAUAAAACAUCUCCUUGUUCAAUCCGGUGAUCUUCUUCAAAAGUGCAAGCACACAGCGAGAAGCAUCAAGAUCUGGCGGCCCAGCAGAUCACUAUCAAAUCCCCAACUCGGCCUUAAACCUCCAUCUCGCGAUAUAUCAGAUAUUAUGGUAACCUUGUAUAUGCAAUCCUUCGAGUCAACACACCGGAUACUUCAUAUACCUUCCUUUUGGGCUGAGUACCAGAGAUAUUGGAACGAUCUGCAUAAUGCCCCCAAUGAGCUACGCCUCAAAGUUCUUCUCGUGAUUGGCAUAGGGUCAAGCCUACACAAACAGGAAAAUGCAGAUAUCGGAUUCCAAAUAGCGGUUCAUCAAUGGGUAUAUGCUGCUCAAGCAUGGCUUUCUGGGCCACUAGAAAAAGACCGACUGAGUAUUUCCGCGCUACAAAUCGACUGCCUCACAAUUCUAGCUCGACAAAUCUUCUCAAUCGGGGCUGAUCUUGUGUGGACCUCCAUGGGAUCUCUCGUUCACAAGGCUAUGCAAAUAAACCUACAUCGAGAUCCCAAGCAUCUCUCGGGGAUAUCUGUGUUCCAGGCCGAAGUCCGUCGGAGGCUAUGGACCACAAUCAUUGAAAUGGCUGCGCAGUCAUCUUUGGAUUCGGCCAUGCCAGCCGGAAUCCCCGAGUCUGACACGGAGGCGCCUUCAAACAUCAACGACGAUGAGAUUGACGAAACUACCACGGUACUUCAGCCUCAUCCCAAAGGCGCUUACACCGCUGCCUCGUUCCAAAUCUUACUACUUGACUCAUUGCCAGCCCGUCUCCGUAUACUCCGUCUUUUGACCAGUUUGAAUACACAAAUCUCUUACCUGGAUGUCCUUGCCUUAAGUUCAGAACUCAGCAACGCGACUCGUGCAUACCACAGUUUCAUGAAGGAGAAUCCAAGUUCCAGUAUCACGCCCUUUCAUCGGAACCUACUUGACUACCUCGUGCGUCGAUUUAUGAUACCUCUCCAUUGUCACUUCACAAGCAAGGCCCGCACAAACCCAUUAUUUACCUUUUCCUUGAAGGUCAGCCUAGAAACAGCCAUGGCUAUCAUAUCACCUGAACCAGAUGAAGGCUUCUCCAAACUAAUGGCCAAUGGCGGGGGAGUGUUCAGAGAGGGCACGUGGUGCGCGAUGACUGUCAUUGCUAUCGAACUCCUAGCGCAGCUUGAAGCCCAACGCAUCGAUGGAACACGUUGCAUCGCAAUUUCGAUUAUAUCGUGCUUCUCAAACGGUCUGUCCUUGACAUGGCUACUCUCUCUGUUGAGCGGAUCCGUCAUGGCGAAACAAAUAUCAAGAGUCAUCUGUUCCUCAGCAUGA